GAUGAACGGGCCAGCUUCCCAAUUGGAGUGGCUGGCGUAAUACCCAGCCCUCGCGUUGAGCCAACCAGAAAGGAGAGAGAAAGAGGAGAGGUGGCUAUUAAAUGGAUACGAAUGCUUGGAGGAGAUUUGCCUGCUUUUCUGCGGGUUUUAAGACCACGUUUGCCACGUCUGCGGAUUUGGGGAAUGAGAGUGAAAGCUGAUGAGAUACAGAGGUUGGGAGGAAGCUCGGCUCCGUGUUUAGCCUUUUCCAUCUGCACCUUUAUUGCAACGGCCGAUGUUUUAAAAUCCUUUGAAGUGGAAUUUUCAGAAGAUACAAUUUAAGUAUACUAGAAAAUAAGGAGAGUUUUAGAGGGUUUUUUAAUAAAGCAAUCUGAGAUCAUUCCUUAGUAAUGAGCCUGUGAAAAACGCAUCUUCAAGUAACCAGAAUGGAAGGUACCUUUUGGAUUCUCUUUGCGACCGUGGCUUUUGUGACUGGCGCUCUCAUUCCAGAACCAGAAGUCAAAACCGAAAUUCUCCAUAAACCUUUCAUUUGCAAAAGGAAGACCAAGUUUGGAGACCUGAUGUUGGUGCACUAUGACGGAUAUUUAGAGAAAGACGGCUCACUCUUUCAUUCCACUCACAAGCAUAAUAAUGGCCAACCAACAUGGUUUACUCUUGGUAUAAAGGAAGUUAUUCAAGGCUGGGAUAAAGGUUUGACACAGAUGUGUGUGGGAGAGAAACGCAAAUUAACAAUUCCUCCAUCUCUAGCUUAUGGAAAAGAAGGCAAAGGAAAAAUUCCACCUGAAAGUACACUGAUCUUCCACAUUGACCUUUUAGAAAUCAGAAAUGGGCCAAGAUCUCAUGAUUCCUUUCAAGAGAUGGAUCUUAAUGAUGAUUGGAAGCUAUCUAAAGAAGAGGUAAAAAUGUAUUUGAAGAAGGAAUUUGAAAGACAUGGUGCACCAAUUAAUACAAGUCACCAUAAUACUUUGGUUGAAGACAUAUUUAAUAAAGAAGACGAGAACAGUGAUGGCUUUAUAUCUGCAAGAGAAUUUGUUUAUAAACAUGAUGAGCUAUAAAACAUUGUGAAAAAGUUGACGGAAAAAAGCAAUAGUUUGCAAAAUGGAUGGUUUUUUAAAAAGUUUUGGAGCUGUUACUCAUCAGUAUGUGCAUACAUUUUAACCGCUAUUUUUCUAUAAGAUCUAUUUCUUAUACAAAAUAAUACAGUGUUUAAAUAUAGGAAUGAAAUAUUUGAAGGUUUUCAUUCAGAUGGAAGCAUUAUUAUGUGUUUAAGAGUAUGGAAUUAAAACAUUUCCAAAAACAAAUAUUACUAAAAAUACAGCUGCUUGCUUUGAAGGAUUCAUUGAGAAUAUACCGUACCUGUUGUUCAAGUAUUUCAUUUCUGUGGUCUUAGAACUCUUAAUAUUUUAAAUGGUAGUUGUCACAAUGUGCUAGUAGAUUUCAUUGUUUAUAUAAUUUAUACAGGACCAAACACUGCUUUAUCAGCAAAUCUUUUUGUAAAAAAAUAAAACAUUGCUUUUUGCUUGAAGAAAUUACAGUGU